UUGAUCAAAGAGGCUCAAAUGAAAGGGUAAAUGUCUGUGUGUAUAUUUAUUUAUUUAUUGAUAUGUGUGUGACUGUAUACAAACUUGUUUGUUUAUGAACUCGGCAAGAAAGAUUAAUUUAUUAGAUCUGUUAACCUCCACUUCAAAGUGUCUGAGUACUGUUGUACAACAACCAAAAGGCUGAGAAUGAAUGUUUGUCAUCAAAAAAACAAAUUCCCACUUUGUUGCUUUGACCGUUGUUUGAUGGUGACUCACCUGCUUUAUGCAUAUUUCUUCGUCUCUUUGUGUCCUCGUCUCUCUUUUUCUGUAUCUGUAUUUAGUAUGUCUGUUUCUCUCUCGCUCUCUCUAAAUGUAAAAUGAGAGCCCGCCCCCGACAGGUCACUUUACUAAUGCGAAAAGACACAAAUUCAGAUGCGUGUUUAGCAUCGGAACAACCCAGCAUCCAAUCACUGGACAAUACACAUCACCCCUCGCUCUGUCAUCGUGAUGUCACAGGGUGUGUAGAGCGUGUAAGUGUGUUGUGUAGCGAGUGUGGGCACGCGGCAGUGCAGAGCAUCGGCUCAAAUAUGAGAUUUAUUGUGAGUGUCACCCAAUUCUCUCUCUUUUUUCAUUUUCUUUCCCACUCCGCCCUUUCUUCCCCCAUUUAACGUCACAUUGGCAUCAAUCAUCACUUUUCCUCUUGCCCCCCUCAUCCAUCUCUCUGUCUUCUCCAUUGCGAUUUCUUCUCACCGUAUCAGUCUGUUCAUCCUCCAUUUUCCAUUUAUCACAUCUACAUGAUUGUUAUUGCUCAUUUGCACUCUGACAGUAUUAAAACACCUCAGGCUUACAACAGCUUGCUGUGCCAUUUCGUUUCACGAAAACACUGGUGUCUGAAACGGCGUGGAAGUGGGAGUGAACAAAAAUGAACACGCACCUUAAAUGCCACGUGCUAGACGCGAAUUAAACUGUCAGACGAGUAAGGACCGUGUGCCAGAGCUGCUGCGUGCAGGUGCUCCCCUCUCCCCCAUCCUGUCCUCUCUGCAUGGUCAUGUUCUGCUGUUGCUACCCCUCCAGCACCUCAGCUCUCCUGUUAUUCCUCCUCAGCCUCACCCCCCUGCUGGCCCUGGCUGGCCCUGCACUUCAGCAGAGAUCUUCAGUCAGCAGCAGCAUCAAUGAGGCUCUCAACUUGGCAAAAGAGGACCCGGGGGCAGCAGAAGGAGCUGCUUGGACACAUAGGAAAGUGGACAGCCUGCUCCAGAAACCCUUGGGACAGGAACAUGUCUCAGAUAUGGACUCUGCCCGUUCUCUAGCCCUGGUUCUGCUUGAGGCUCUUGACCACCCAGUUAGAGAGAAGAUGACCCAGGGGGAUUCUGAAGAAGGACUCGCGAUAGAGGCAAUGAGGAAACAGGGAGACCUUGAGCUGGACACAGAGAAAUUGGCAGAGGUAGUACAGCAAAGGGAGGAAAAUUGGGGACAAGAAAAGCCAAACGAUGAAAGUGAGAGUGUGAAGGAGGACGAAGUGAAUACGGUUGAAGGAACAGACGGGCAGAGUCAGUCUAACGUGGCCAACCCCCUCCAGCGCAAAACCAGGGGCUAUUUUCAAAACAUUGACCUUGGGCUGCAAGACAAUGAGAUCCUCCCGCCUCUAAAAGGCUAUAAAGCCUAUAACCAGCAACUGGCCCAUGCGACCAAGAAGCUUAAGUGGCAGGAGGAGCGAACGAGAAACCCAUCUCAACUUGAAAGAAACUUCAUGGAUGAUUUCGAUUUUGUGGAAGAAGAGGAGGAGAUUCUGACCCGCAAGGAGGAGGAGGCACGGGCACAGGCAGAGCAGGAGGAGGUGAGGCGGCAGGAAGCCGAGGCACAGGAAGCGCGUGAGGAGGAGCAGAGAUUGGCAGACAUCGCCUCUGACAUGCUUCUGGAGUACAUGGGCAGGAAGCCGAAAACAUCGUCCUACAUGAGCGACAUGAAGGUGGCGGCUCUUCUAAACAACGUGGCUGAGGACAAGCGCUCAAACGAGGUGGAGGAUAACGACGACGAUGAUGAGAUGGAUCCCCAGACCAUCGACAAGUUGAUCGAGAUUUCCAGCAAGCUGCACUUGCCUGCCGACGAUGUGGUCGAAAUAAUCAGCGACGUUCAGGAGAAGAAGAAAAAGAGGAAGGAUUUACCCCCGAGCAACACCCCUCGUUUCCGCCCUCUAGUUCCUCUUAAAGCCAAGCCGAGGCCUCAGGCAUAUCAGUAUCCUAAGUCACCUAAGAAAUCCUCUUAUACUGUCGAUCCAUAUAAGAAAUGGUACAAGGAGAAAAACAAAGGCAAGCUCAGCAAGCAGGACUACUGGUUUAAGCCGCAGAAGCAGUUUCUGGCCUAUCCCUCGUUCCCCUAUUAUCAGAAGCCAUAUCGAGCCUAUUACCCGGUCUUCUUUCCACCCCCCAAGCCACGGUUCUAUACAAAUCCCGCUCUGUCAUUUGACUACAACUUUGGGGGCUCCGUGGGGUAUGGUCUGAAGCCUCCAAGCCGUAGGUACAGAGACAGGCCCAAGGCAAGGGACUGGAAAUGGGCACAAGCCCCACAACGCUCCCAGAACCCCUACCCACAACCAGACACUGUCAUACCUAAUUACAUUCUCCCCCAUCCCCGAACUUACCAGGCUCUCCCCAUGCCCAAACCACGUUCUCCUCAGGGUGGGAGACCACCUUCUUACAUCUACCCACCAGACUAUGUGUACGAUGAGCCGGAGUCUCCACAGGAGAGCGAUGAAGAACUGGAGAACUUCAUUGAGAAGAUUUAUUACAACCGUAGGUUAUUUUAGUCAGCUGGGAGUUCAGGAUGUUCUAAAGCGAUGAAACAAGCGAUGAAAGAGUGAGGAGAAAAAGCUGACAGGGAGUUUGAGCGACAGGGCUAUGAAAAGACAGUUAGGUGUUUCUUCUCCACUCUUGUGUUUUGAUACAUUCCAAAUCAGGAACGGAAGAGAUGGUGCUGCUUUAUCAGAACCUCUCUGCGUGCACUUAUUUGGUUUCUCUCGCAGUUUACAUUUUAAUUUGGUGAGAGAAUACACAGGUGAAUUUGUAAGGUUUCAUUCAGGUAUGUUUUUGAUUCUCUUGCAUGUGGGGAAAAAAAAAGAUAAAACAAAAAGAAACCAAAAACAAGCAGAGAAAAUGGUCAAAGAAAACAUUUUGGUGCCAAUUGCAAGAGACCCAUGUUUAUACAAAGAUUUAUUUUCUUUAGGAAACACUUGAUUAAUUGAAAAGCAAAGCUUGGGGUUGCAUUCUUGAUACUGCAGGGCACAGUAAUAAUUGCUAUGGCACUAGUUACACAAACAAGUAACUGUCAAAUUAUUACAGGCUUUUCCUGAGGGUCUGUUUGAUUGUUUUGAUCAAUGUUCCUAUUGCCUUAAUACUGAUCACUGUUUUCGCUCAUCCAUGUGCAUGCAGGUCUUGCACCACUAAAAAAACAAAAAAAAAUUCUGUCACGCACGCUGUAAACAAUGCUUGAAACUAAAUCUUCCAUUUUAUUCACAGAAAUGCAAAAUGAUGAAUAUCUUUGCUAGGUCGGUGCCCUGUCAAUCUGCUUGGUGGAAUACCUGUACACAUGUGAUUUACUGUAAACUUAGCAUCUUGCCAAAAUUUCAAGCAAAUUAAAAAUAAAUGCCCCUGUUGCUAUGGGUUAUCUCCGAUGUUCAACCACUGAGUACAGGAUCUUUGUCUUGAGAGCCAACAGAACGCUGUAUAGUAAUGUUUGUUCCUAAAAAAAGUUUAAAAAUGUCUGAAGUUGGUGAGGAAUACUCUAAGAGUGAACAGUUUGCACGUCUAUCUGUAUUUGCAUCUUAAAAAAAAAAAAAAAAAAAAAAAAAGACACAUUUGGGGAAAAUUUCCUUGAUCAAACUGUGAUUAUUUUAAAAAAGAAAUAAAAAGAAGAAGAAAAAAAGAAAGACAACUCUAAUUACUAUAGCAAGUGUUUUCAUCAGUGAACUGUCUUGUGAAAGGAAUUUGUUGUUGUCAACUUCCCGAUUGUAAGUUGUACAGUGUCAAAUAAACAAGUGUGUGUGCAAUGUGUAAAUAACA